CCCCCGAGCGGAGCUGCGGGGCCGGGCCGGGCCGGGGCGGACCCCGGGAUCCCGGACGCGGCCGCCCGGGCCCGCGGGCGGGGGGAUCGGUAGGGGACCCGCGUGGGCACAGCCACCAUGGAGUUCCGGCAGGAGGAGUUUCGGAAGCUGGCGGGGCGCGCCCUGGGGAGGCUGCACCGGUUCCUGGAGAAGCGUCAGGAAGGCGCGGAGACGCUGGAGCUGAGCGCCGAUGGGCGCCCGGUGACCACGCACACGCGGGACCCGCCGGUGGUGGACUGCACCUGCUUCGGCCUCCCUCGCCGCUAUAUCAUUGCCAUCAUGAGCGGUCUGGGUUUCUGCAUCAGUUUCGGCAUCCGCUGCAACCUGGGCGUGGCCAUCGUGUCCAUGGUCAACAACAGCACGACCCACCGCGGGGGCCACGUGGUGGUGCAGAAAGCCCAGUUCAACUGGGAUCCAGAGACUGUCGGCCUCAUACACGGCUCCUUUUUCUGGGGCUACAUUGUCACUCAGAUUCCUGGAGGGUUUAUCUGCCAGAAAUUCGCAGCCAACAGGGUCUUUGGCUUUGCCAUCGUGGCUACCUCUACCCUAAAUAUGUUGAUCCCCUCAGCAGCCCGUGUCCACUAUGGCUGUGUCAUUUUCGUGAGGAUCCUGCAGGGACUGGUGGAGGGGGUCACGUACCCUGCCUGCCACGGCAUCUGGAGCAAAUGGGCUCCUCCCUUAGAACGGAGUCGGCUGGCGACGACAGCCUUUUGUGGUUCCUACGCUGGGGCAGUGGUUGCCAUGCCCCUGGCUGGGGUGCUGGUGCAGUAUUCGGGAUGGAGCUCUGUCUUCUAUGUCUAUGGCAGCUUUGGGAUCUUUUGGUACCUGUUCUGGUUGCUCGUCUCCUACGAGUCCCCCGCACUGCACCCUAGCAUCUCAGAAGAGGAGCGCAAAUACAUCGAGGAUGCCAUUGGAGAGAGCGCCAAGCUCAUGAACCCUCUCACGAAGUUUAACACGCCCUGGAGGCGCUUCUUCACAUCCAUGCCAGUCUACGCCAUCAUCGUGGCCAACUUCUGCCGCAGCUGGACCUUCUACCUGCUCCUCAUUUCCCAGCCCGCCUACUUUGAAGAAGUGUUCGGCUUUGAGAUCAGCAAGGUGGGCCUGGUGUCGGCGCUGCCUCACCUCGUCAUGACCAUCAUCGUGCCCAUCGGAGGCCAGAUCGCCGACUUCCUGCGCAGCCGACGCAUAAUGUCCACCACCAAUGUGCGAAAGCUGAUGAACUGUGGCGGCUUCGGGAUGGAAGCCACGCUGUUGCUGGUGGUCGGAUACUCACACUCCAAAGGGGUGGCCAUCUCCUUCCUGGUCCUGGCUGUGGGCUUCAGCGGCUUUGCCAUCUCUGGGUUUAACGUGAACCACUUGGACAUUGCCCCUCGAUACGCCAGCAUCUUGAUGGGCAUCUCCAAUGGCGUGGGCACGCUGUCUGGGAUGGUGUGUCCCAUCAUCGUGGGUGCCAUGACCAAGCACAAGACUCGGGAGGAGUGGCAGUACGUGUUUCUCAUCGCCUCCCUGGUGCACUAUGGGGGCGUCAUCUUCUACGGGGUCUUCGCUUCGGGGGAGAAGCAGCCGUGGGCGGAGCCGGAGGAGCUGAGCGAGGAGAAGUGUGGCUUCGUGGGCCACGACCAGCUGGCCGGCAGCGACGAAAGCGAGGCGGAGGACGAGGCCGAGCCCCCGGGAGCGCCCCCCGCGCCCCCGCCCUCCUACGGCGCCACGCACAGCACAGUGCAGCCCCCCAGGCCCCCGCCCCCGGCCCGGGGCUACUGACCACGUGCCUCCCGCGGAUUGGCAGUUUCCAGACCUCCGCUCAGGACCCGCCGGCCGAGCGGCGGCGGGGAGGGAUCCCCUCCUCUGGGCCCUGCCCGGGGCCUAGGAUGCGAGUCUCCCCCGUUCCCGUGCUGUCAGCCGACCUCCCUCCUCAUCUGCCUCCCCAGGGGCGAGCCUGCUCACCGGCAGUUUCAAGGCCUCUCCGCUUGUCCCCCCGAGUGGUUUCCAGUCUCUCCUUUCAGGGCUUUAUUUGGACGGUCAACCCCUUUCUCUCUCGUGGUUUUGAGGUUCCACCCCUCUCCGUAGGACCCCAGGGAUUCUCAGGCCACCCCAAGAUUAUUCAGCUGGUCCCCGACCCAGAGAAACUCGUGGUUGUCAUCUGUUAGUUCCAAGGCUCCCCUGGUCAUUCUGCAGUUCCCAAGUUGGUUCGGCCAACCACCAACCCCGCCAUUCCAGGGACUGAUUCUCACCAGCGUUUCUGAGGGGAAAUGGCGGUUUCAAGCGUCCCCGCUGCUUACGUCCCUCCCGUCCUCGCCGGCACACUCGCCGGGCCUGUCCUUGCCCCUAGCUUAGCACAGUGCCCAGGGAAAUGGCCCAAGUGGCUCGGCUCGCCCCGUGCUCUUUCUGACUCGGUCUGAGCAGCGGCUGCUCAGGUCCACUGGCUCUGGCUUCCCGCGGUGGUUUCAGGGCCUCCCGCCCCGUCCUGGCGCUUUAUUCUCCUGGGUAGAUCCGGCUGCCACCAGUUUCUCAGUGUGUCCCCUCGGGGGCUAAAUUACCCCAAAUGCGGGGUGCUUCCCUCACUGACACCCCUCUUUCAAUGUAGAGAUCUGGGGAGGUGUGCGAGGAGGAGGACGCCCAGGAAGGGAGCAGGCGGGAGGAAGGGGCUGUCCCUGGGGCAGGGGCGUGUCUUUGUGUCUGUCUGUGACAGUGAACCCCGCUCUGCCCACCCCACGCCCAAUAAACGCUCUGGUGUA